AUGGGUAGUAAAAUGUCUACGAAUGAACAUUUAUUACAUUCAAUGAAGAAUUUACGUUUGAGUAGUAUUGACUCAACAACUUUUGAAGACAAUAAUUCUGUUACAAUACGAAUUUUAGAGAUUCCAUCACUAUCAUCACCAUUCAGAAAACAAACGGCUGGUAAAUAUGAUGUGAUGAAAGAUGCUGUAAAUGCUCCUUUAGAAGAUGAUUCACCAACAAAAAGUUACAUUUCAAGUAUAGAUGAAGUAAUAAUUGAUGAAACAAAACAUGGAAAUUUUAUAUUAGAAUCUGCUGGUGAUACACCAGCUCUUCAUGUAAUACGACAAAAAAAUCCAAAAUUUGUUGAAAUUGAUCUUAUAGAAUGUCAAAAACCAAAUGAUGAUGAUGAUGAUGACAAUGAUGAGGAUGAAGACAAAGAUGAUGAUUAA